AGCCGUUUAUUCAGAAAUCAUACCAUACGGGAUGUCCGAAGGGGGAAAUGGUCAGAAAGGUGAGCUUAUUUUGCUGAACCACCGGUCCGUUUUGUGUUCCGAUUUACGUACAUGCUCGGACCGUUACAGGGUUUUGGCGGUCAAAAGGAGCACACACGAUUGACGGUAAACACGUCUUUAUUCCACGACUGCCAACAAGUGGAUCCGAACAAUUACAAAUUUGCGCCAAAGACAUUGACAUCAACGCGCCCUCUACCGUAUGCCCGCCGGGCGAGAAGCACGGUCCGAGUGUCCGCAACGGGGUCAUUUUAACACGAAACGCUCGCAGUGAGUUCAAGGGGACGCAAUGAAGAGAUAAAAGAAUACCGCAGACCACGAUCGAUGGUCAAAAGAAAAUACAGGGGUUGCGCCUUGCCCAAAAUUACCUGACACGGUUUGAGUCACCGGUCGCUUCCCUGUUGCGUGGUCACGUCGAAAUUGUCCCGGACGGAAACAACUGUCGAACGAGGAUUGAACCGGGUCGUAACGUCGUCUAAAAUUCGUCAUAAAUGAAGACAUAACGAUAAAAGAGACAAGAAUAAAAACUUCGUACAAGUAGCGAAAUAAUACUUUGCGCUCAUGGUCAAAAAUGACCUUUUGCCGUCAGUUCCUUUUUGGAGUCGUCGGUCCCCAAAAAAGUGCGGACAAAAACAAUGCUUUCAAUUGGACGUCAAACCGGUCGUAAAACUUGAGUGCAAGUCCGAAUUGGUCUUGAAAUAGUCGCAAUGACCAAUUUAAAAUAAAUUAACACAACGGGUUCUUUGUAUCAGAUUAAGAGGUCGCAGUUAUGCCUGAUCGUUGAUGUUUGUGUUAUUUGCUCCCUUCCUGUUGGAAUGGACCGUCACGAAGUAAGGUGGAAGAAAAAGACGCUCACAGUUCAAGUGUGUACGUGUGUUUACACACACACACGCACGCACAGAAAUAACAAGUAAAACCAAUUCUUGGCCUCCACAUGAAAUAACUUGGUUGUUGAAAAUGUUCGAAAAAGGUGUAUACGCCAUCUGUUUUCUGCGGGCCUGUGUGGGUUUUCUCCGGGUACUCCGGUUUCCUCCCACGCUCCUAAAUCAUGGACGGCAGGCUGAUUGAACACUCUAAAUAGUCCCGACUCACCUCAACCGUAUUUAUCGAGCACUUUCAAACAGACAUCGCUGCAUACAAAGUGUUGGUUGGAGCCAAUCAACCGACCGUGCAUGUUUUGGGGAAUGUGAGAGGAAACCGUCGGAGAACAUGCAAAUUCCUCCCAGGACGGCCCCUGCCCGGUUUCUAACCCCUGACCUCUGCUCCGCGAGGCCGAUGAGUGCUGACAUCAUGCGGCGCCCUAAAGGGAUUGAUACUAAAUGGAAUUAAUAGUCAGCCACAUUUUUGUACAUGCAACGUAUAACAUUUGUUGUUGUGAUUGACGUAACAUUAGUUCCACGACGAUAAUCAAGUCUAAUCGAAUUUUUGUGACACGUUCGCCAAAGACGGUUCGCAAAGGAUGAAAAACUCGGCUUUUCACCUUACAAUAUAAAAGCGAGCGUGACGAAUUCCGUGCUUUAACGCAAGUACACUUCCGCCUAGUUACCUUCAGUAUAAGAAAAGUCGGGCGCUUUGGCAUGAGAACACAACGCGGCGGCGCGCGGGUAAAUCGUCUUACCGCGAAGGAGCCGCGACCCGGACCGGAAGCUGAUUUGUGACAUGCGCCGGUAGAUUCUCGCUCGCGCGAAAAAUGGCGGAAAUGUGUGCCGUUUUAGCAGCGUCUUCUCUUCGGGGUGUUGCGGUAUAAAUCGCGAAGCCCGGACUCUUUCCAGGUGAGUAUGAGUCGUUUAUUCACACGGAAGGGUGCUGCGAUGCGUCCGGAUCGCUCGACGGCCUUUGUCUUCCAUUUACUCGCAGAACGCAUCGCUUGGAAGUUAGUUGUACUCGUCCACUUUAUCGUCACUUUUGCUAUUGUCGGUUGGCAUUGUGGCCCCGAAUUAAAACACGUGAAAGCAUUUUUUUACCGUGGCUCCAAUGUAUUGGAUUGACUACUACGCGCCUGUCCCGUCGUUCCAGCCAAUAUGUAAAAUAAUAAUCAUAAUAAAUAAAAGCAUCAAAGCCUCUCCACACUUGCAUUGUUGUGAUGGGUUCGCCUGGCUUUCACUUGUGGCCAUUGUAGCAUCACUUGACGCGUUAUAACAAAGUCAUGACAAGAAAAGAAAACAAAAGGUUUGCCAUUCGUGUCAGUUCAAAGUAGGGCAAGGCAAAGUAGAAACAAAUGUUUUGCUUUUCCUUUUCUCCAUCACUAUCGGAAAAGCCGAGUGCGUUUUGACGUCACGCGGAUGGAGCUUGACGUACGUUGUUGUUCCUCGGACCGGAGUUGACCUAAAGCGCGGAUCGGGACGAUGGUCAGAGUGACACGAUAGAAACGUAGAAAAUGACCACGAUGAAUAACCCACGUACAAAAAUGAAUGCAUAAAGGCUGUGCGCAGGCAUCGUAAGCUUGUUUCCCUUGCCACUUUCUGCUCGAUGCCCACCAUCUUGGGCAGUAGAAAUACGGAUAACGACGAGCAAUUAGGCACCAAGUAAAACACAAAGUUCAGUCGCGCACUAGGCCGCGUCUCUCGUAAUUGACAUGCGUGGUGUUGUUGGUGUGCCUCUGAAUGCCCGUCUAGGUUGUGCCACAGCCACGCUCUCUACAACGGUAUGCAAAAAGAGGACGCCGACGACGGCGGCAUGCUCGACCACGACGGCUCACAAGAACAGCCCCGCCAGUCGUUCGGGUGCGGCCGUUGUCCGCUCGAGUUCAAGUCUGAGGUUUCCCUGCUGGAGCACCUGGGUCACGUCCACGGCUCCCGUCUGGUUUUGAAUCCAGAUCCUCCCAAAAGCCCCCCGGGAAGCUCCCUCGGGGGUCUCCGAGCCGACCCCCCGGAGGCUUUGAACGACGUCAAAGAUGGCGAGAAAGGAGACGUAACCCCGAAACCCGAGGCCGAAACCGCGGUCGUGUCAUCCGAGCAUCACGAAGAAGUAGGAGCAGAUGAAGAUGAAGAAGAAGAUGACGAUGAAGAGAACCUUUUAAGUUGUCCCUCACGCGGGACUCCGACCUUGCACCGGGAUCUGAAGACGUACAAGAAAGCACUCCAAAGCUCCGGCGUCAGCAAGUCUUCCACGGGCGGCGACGGCCAAGCGGACACGGAGUCGGAAGAGCAGUCGGACGGCCGGUCGGACGACGACUCAAAGGACGCGGCCCCCGCCGCCAUCGACCUCUGGAACAGCCACCGUUUCUUGCGGGAGGACCACCUCUACGUGGACCCGAUGCGCCCCGUCGCGGAGGCGCCCGGCCGGGAGCGCGGCAGAGCCGCCGGCGCGGCGGACAAGCGCGCCCGGGAAGGGCUGGACAAGAAGGAGCUCUCCUUCGAAGUCAGCGAAGACGACGACGACAAGCGUCCCAGCCCGCCCGCCUACGGCUGCAAGCACUGCGGCCACAAAGAACGCAGCCUGGGGCCAAUGACCGCCCAUUACCACAAAAGCCACCCGUACGUGCGCUGCAACUCGGAGUACAUCCGGGAGAGGGACGACGCCAGCGCCACCUUCCGCUGCCUGGCCUGUCCCGUGGAGUUCCCGGAGGAAAGCCACCUGAGGAAGCACUACGGCGAGCGGCACGCGGGUUGCCCGGACAUUUUCACGCUGGGGCGAGACCAAAUGCAGCUGCUCUUCAAAUGCUUCAGCUGCGCCUUCACCUCCGAGUCUUUGGAGGCGCUCAAAGAGCACCACCGAGACGGGCACCCCGCGGCCGCGCCGCUCAACGGAUUGAUGUUCCUGCAAUACCUGUCGCAAGCGCCGUCGGCUUGCGCCGCCUCCUACCAAUGCCGGCGCUGCCCGUUUCGUCACAGGUCCGUCAUCGUCUUGCAGGUCCACUACCAGAAAAAUCACCCGGCCGAGGCCGUCACCAUCGACGAGAUCAAACGGCGGGCCGGCGAGGACCGGGCCGACUUAGCUCGGCCGGAAUUUCCCACCGGCGACUGCCGGGCGCAAAGGCGAUCGGGGGAAGCGGAGGCGGAACGGGCCACCCGCGGAGAAGCUCGGACAAACGCCAAAGACGCGGUUGGGAAGGCGCAAUCUCCCGGACCCCGAAAAGUUCCGGCGGAAAGUCUCGAGGCAGAAGCGCCGGAGAGGCCUCCGGAGCAGCGGAUUGGCAAGGGGCCGCCCGCUGGCGAGCGCGCCGCCACGGCAAAAAAGUCCCAGUCGGGCGCUCGCAACCUUUACGGCCGUCCAGAGAAUUUGUUUUUCUGCUUCAAAUGCAACUACGGCAACCCCAGCGUCAAAGGCGUGAUGGUCCACCAGUUCCGGACGCACGACAAGCUGCGCGUUAGCGCCGAGGACAUCGCCGCCUACACCGGGGAGAUUCGCCGGCGCUUGCGGACGUCGGCGGCCCCGGGGGCCGGCGGCUCCUUUUCUCCGCCGCUGCCCCUCCCCAUCUUGAACGAGGGCGACGAGCACACCUUUUUCUGCCACUUGUGCCACUACCGGCGCAGCACCGUCGCCAAGGUGGUGCAGCACUACGCCAGGAGGCACGGCGGCUGGCUGGCCACGCCCAAGCAGAUCCAGUCGUACACCUUUCGCACGCUGGAGCUCUUGCGCAAAUCGGACGGGGCCGCGGACGGCCCCGGGGGGGUCGCGGGCGGCCCGGCGGGCCCCGGCAAAGUCGAGAGCCUGCGCUGCCAAGGCUGCCCCUACCAGACGCGCGACGCCAAGCUUUGGGGCGCGCACGUGCGCAAGUGCCGGCGGGGGGGCAGCUCCGGUUCGGGCGUUUUGAAAGUCUACCUGGCGCAAGGCAACGCCGCGUCGGGCUACCGCUGCCACUUGUGCGCUUUCUCCCACGCCAAAGCCGCCGCCUUGUACAAACACUACCGCCGGGAGCACCCCGAGAGCCGUCCCAAUUUGAUCGCCACCCGCGAAAAGGCCGGCCGGACCCCGGCGGAGGCGCCCGACGCCGGGACGCAUCGGUGCCGAGCGUGCUCCUUCCGGGGGAGCUCGCCGGCGGCCAUGAGGGACCACUGCCGCGCCGUGCACCCCUGGUGCCUGGAGGAAGGCGGCCCGGAGGGGGGGGGCGGCGAGCGCGGCCACGACGCUCUCCGAGACCCCUUCGGCCGCUUCGACGACUACCAGGUCCCUCUGGAGUCCCCGAGUGCGUCGCCGGAGCGCAUCCGCCCGCUGUCUCCGAAGCGGGGGGGCGAUGACGAUGUCGGCGGCGACGACGGCGACAACGGCGCUUCCAAGGAGUCUGAACGCAGCGUCGACGCGGAGGAGGAAAGCCACGUGCACGUCUUCAAGUGUCCGUACUGCACCUACGUGAACACCAAGCGGCAGGGGGUCCUCACCCACUGCCAGAUGAGGCACGCCGCCCUGCGCUCGCGAGCCGACAACCUCCUGGUGGACGGGGCGCACCUGCGCGGCUGGGAGAAGAAGCGGCGGGCCCGCCCGGGCCACCCGGCGCACUUCCGAGGCUACAUGUGCCCGCUGUGCCCGCUCACGCACGAGAGCGAGAAGAAGCUGGAGAGGCACCGGCAGCGGGACCACGGCCAGAGCCGGCCCGCCGCCCCCGCCGCCGCCAAACUCAAAAUGACGCUGUUCCGCUGCCAGCGCUGCGCCUACAGCUGCAGCAGCAAGGCGGCGUUCGGCCGCCACCUGCGCCUGAAGCACGAGGGCCCCCCCGCCCCGGCGCUCUGCCGCUACCGUUGCGUCCUCUGCUCCCAGUCCUACCUGAAGAAGAAGCGCCUGGCCGGCCACUACAAGAGCAAGCACGGCCAGGACGCCUACCGCCGGCACUUUUUGCCGCUCUACGAGCGCCCCCCGCCCCAGCACAGCAGGAGGCUGGUCUACAGGUGCCCGCGCUGCCCCUACGUCAACUCGCGGCCGCACGGCAUGGCCACGCACUGCCAGAUGAUGCACGCCGACCUCUCCGUCCAGGUGGAGGACUUGGGGCGCCACGAGAUGCUGAUCAGCAGCAACUACCAGGCGGGCAGCAACAACAAGCGCGGCUACGUGUGCGCCUCCUGCCAGGCCAUCUGCACCUCGCUCAAGAAGCUGGCCGUCCACCGCGCCAAGAGACACGCCGACGAGGACGCCGGCGACUCGUCGGCCCGGGCCGAGCCCGAAGCGCCCCGGCGGGCGGGGGGCGCCCCCGCCUCUUUGUACCCGUGCCUGCUGUGCUCUUACUCGUCGCUGAUCAGGAAACGUCUGGCGGCGCAUUACACCAAGCGGCACGGAAAGAAGGCCUUGCGCAAGCACUUUGCCCCGCUCUACCAGCGCAAGGCUGACGGCCCGCCGUCCUCGCCGUCCUCGCCGUCCCCGCCGCCCGCCGCGGAGGCGGCCGAGGCUGAGCCGCCCCAACCCCCCCCCGAAGGAGAGCAAAUGCUCUACGAGUGCCAGCUGUGCGAGUACCAAACCUGGGCGCGCCGCUACCUGACCUACCACUACAACAAGACCCACCAAUUGGACCCGGGGACCAGAGACCGGCUGCUGAUGGCGUACAACAAACGCAAAAGACCCCCCCUCCCUCGGGAUCCCCCGCCGGACUCGGAGCCGGAGCCGCGAGAGGCGCCGCCCACGGCCCCGGCGCCGUGCAAGAAGUGCCCCGACUUGACCUUCGGCUCGCCGCAGCUCCUGAUCGCCCACUACCGCGCCAGCCACGGCGCCGGCCGAGCCGACUUUGCCGUCGUCCACCCGGCGGGCCGCAACACGGGCGUGUAUCGCUGCGCCCGCUGCCGCAAGACGCUGAACGGGAUGGCGAAGCUGGGCCGCCACCUGGAUCGGCACCGGGAGAAGAGCUCCGCCGGGCUCCGGGCCCAGUCGCGGAAGCCCGCCGACGCGGCGGCCCGGGAAGAAGGGUCCCCCUCCGGCGGCGGCCAGGCGGCGGUGCCCGAAAAGGCCCCCCGGCCCGAGGCCACAGAAGGCCCAUCGCCCAGCGAGACGCACGCGUGCACCCAGUGCCAGCGGACGUUCCAGUCGCGCAACGGCCUGCGAACGCACCAGCGGGGCCACCAGGCGCUGGCGGCCAUCAAGAAGCUGCCCGCCUCGCUGUCGCAGCUCAACCUGAACAAGUAUCUCCUCCAUAAGCCCGGAACCAUCCGGCCCUUCCAGUGCUCCAUCUGCUUCUAUCGCACCAACGUGAUGGGCCUGUGGAACAACCAUUUGCUGAAAAAGCACCUCGAUAGCGUUCUUGAAACUUGUGACGAGAAACAGGAGAGCAGCGCAACCGCAAGCGCGGACACGGAUCCCCCUGCCGUCGGUUCCGCCGUGGCUAGUUUGGGCAAAAGCAGCGAAGGCUGCAGCAGAGGUCCCGUCCGGCCUUGCGCAGACUGGUACCUGGAGCCGCCGGAGGUUCGCCGACAGCUCGACCACUUCAGCCUGAUGGCGCGGAACCGAGCCGCCACCGGCGGGCUCCGCUGCGAGAACUGCUCCUUCUUUUGCGAGGAUCUGCCCACCAUGCGGCGACACUACCUCAGCCGACAUGGCAGGAAGCUGCUGGCGUGCAAGGACUGCGCCUUCUUCACCGGCUUGAAGAGAGCCAUGAGGGUGCACGCAGACACAGACCACGGCGGGUCGCGGAAAGAAGCCCCUCCGCCGGAGGGCCUGCGCUGCCCUUUCUGCCUCUACCAAAGCCACGACAAGAACCGCAUGAUCGACCACGUCCUGCUGCAUCGCGAGGAGCGCGUGGUUCCCAUGGAGGUGCGGCGAGCCAAGCUGUCGCGUUACCUGCGGGGCCUGGUGUUCCGCUGCCACCUGUGCACGUACACCAGCGCCGACGCCGACAACCUGCGCGCUCACGCCGCCAAGCACCAGCGCCUCAAGCCCUACCGAUGCCGCCUGUGCUACUUUGACUGCGCCGGGCUGGCCGACCUGGAGGCCCACCUCUGCGCCCAGCAUCAGGUGAUGAGGAACCACGAGCUGGUGGGGCAGGUCAGCCUGGAGCAACUGGAGCAGCUGGAGCUCAACCGGACACCUCAAGAAGAGCGUCACCGGGAUGAGCGGGAACAGAGGCUCGACCACGACAACGCCCGAGACUUUUUCAGCCGCGCGGAGGAGGCGGACGACGGGAACGUAAGCGGCAACCCUGAGAACCGCCUCGGCGAGACGCCCGCUUUUAAACGGGAGCGGCAAAGUGAUGCCACCCCGGGCGAUGAUGCUCGUAUUCCUCUGCCGGAGAACCGACAUAAAAAAGAGGAGGCGGACCACGACGACGACGAGGGCGGAGCCGAGAAACGGCACGAAAAGGCGCACGGCUCCAAACUGCAAACGCCGAACGUGGAGGAGGACGCCCCGCGGCCGGACGAGGUCGGCGCCACGCGCAGUUUCUCAAGCGGGGAGGAGCCCCGCGCGGGCUUCUCGGAAAGCUCCGGAAAAGCGGCCAAAAAGACGCUCAAGAGGGAAAUGUCGGCCCCGCUUGCGGGCGGCUUCUCGGAGCCGCCCCGAGAUGACAAAGCCCACAAAAGGAAGAUCUGCCAAGCGCUCAAAGAGGAAGACGGACCAGACCGCGAAGGGCAGAAGCGGCUCAAGGUGGACCGCUUUUCUCAGCUCAAAGGCGUGGACUUGACGUUCUCUUGCAGCCUAUGUGGACGGAACCUCCGAAGCAAAGAAGAGAUGCGGCGUCACGCCUCUCGCCACGGAAUGUAGGCCAGCAAUAUUUCGACGACAUAUCACAACAUCACUCACAUUUCGGACUCGCUGCCGUGGACAAAAAAAAAAAGAUUUUCUACAUUUUAACCGUUUUCUAAAGGACUGACAUUUUUUUAAGACGGUUUGGUUUGGAUAGCUUUGGAAAACAGCUGUUAAAUGUCUGAUUCUUUUUUUUCUUUUAGUGCUUUUUCCAUGUGAACAUUGUAGGACUACUGUAUAAAAAAGGCAAAAAGUCUUUGUUUUUGAUGGACCGAAAAAAAAAAACCUCAACUCAUGUUGCAUUCAGGUGCUGCAGGACUUUGUGCCUUCUUGGUGUGUUUUUUUGUCGUUGUUCUUCGAGGACAUUUACUUGGUUUUAUCUGAGUCGAUUUAUAUAUUCAGUCAUUGAAUAAAUGUUUUGUACAUCCGA